AUGUCGACGGGAAAACGUUUGGCGAAGCGAUCCAUAAUCGGGACGCGCGUCUGUGCGCCGGGAGAGGACGGCAAGUACUAUUCGGGCGUCAUACAGGCCGUCAAGACCCCGGCGAAUUUCACCGAAAAUAACAAUUGCAUCAAUUUGACGCCGAAUACGCGCUACACGGUGCGCUUCGACUCCCGCCAAGGGAACUUGGGCCGGACGAGCGCCGAAUUCCACGAGACCGAGCUCAUAGGUCCCGGAUUCCAAUCGGUUCUCGGACUGGAACUCGUUCCCGGUCAGAAAUGCUUCGUUACACACAACGGCAGAGAAGUUUGCGGGGAAGUUUGCAAGCAUCACGCCGAAACCGACGAGGUCAUCAUCAGAAUUCAUCCUACUGGUAUUGAGGUACGUUCAUUUGAUAACUACGAUUUUCAAAUAUCGGCUCCUUUCGAAGUGCAAAAACGUUUGGAGGAAGUAAGGCUCCUGGAAUCGAGGAAAUCUGCCAGAUUAGCCGAUCAGGACACGGAUUUUGCUCGCCUGGCCGACAUGGCAGGAGACAGGAAAAGAACUGCCUCGCACACCAUUGACGUCCCAGCUCCGUCAUACCAUCACGGAUCUCGUAAAAGAAGACCGAGCGGAAGCCACGACGACUGCUCGAAGGACAGUCAAAUGGACGAAUGCAGCGCUGCCUUGGUCCUCAUGAGCCUUUCCUGCUCGCCGCAUUCGCCUAAUCUAUCAGCGUUUUCGUAUGCAAGUACAUCGCCGGGAAGCAGCAGCAGCAGUUCGGCGUCGUACAGAUCGACCCCGUCGCCUCCACCCAUCGUCUACUCGCCCCAAACCACCCCUUUGUCGUCGAGUUCCGUUUCCGACGAAGGCAUCGUCAUGGAUUACUAUCCCGACGAGUUGCCGCGAAAGAAGAAGAAUUUGACUCGUAUCGUGUUCCAAUGUACUUGGCCGAGUUGCUUAAAAAUGACCAACACCUGCGAAGCAAUAGAAGCGCACGUUCGAAACGAGCACUUAAAAGACCAAGUGUGCGAAGACGCCGAGGAAGAAUUCUACUACACCGAGGUAGAGCUAGGCCUGACCAGUCCGCCGCCGACCCUUUCGCACCGCGACAUGGCGAGACCCUUCCACGAGGACCCCGAUUACCAAAGACUGCUGGUCGGCAACAUGCGACAGACCAUGCUCCAGCAGCAACAGCACCCCAUUCCGCAAUCGCCCCACAAGCUCCUGAAGCUGUCGCCCCGUCCGCACAGCCCGAAGAUGCCGGUGUCGCCGCGACGGAUCCGCGGCGAGAACAAGAAAUGCCGGAAGGUGUACGGCAUGGAGCACCGGGAACAGUGGUGCACGCAGUGCAAGUGGAAAAAGGCCUGUUCGAGGUUCGGCGACUGA